AUGAAUUAAAGCUGCGAUAUUAAUACUAAAUGCCCAAAUCCGUAGCAUUCUAAGGAUGUCAAAUUAGUAUGUUUUGAUGAAUCUUGUUAAGGAUAAAGAUUAUAUUGUCAUGAAUGUAUAAAACUUGGAAUUCAUGCUUCUCAUCCACAAUAUUAAGAAGAAUUAUCAUUUAUUUUUCAUCAUAUUGAAAGAGUUAAAAAAGAAUGUGAUAAUUUAAUUAAUAAUAUGAACAAAUAAAUGGAUGCGAUUUAGCAGGAUUUCUAGUUAUUAAUUGAAGGUAUUAGAUCAAAAUAUCAAAUAUCAAAAUAAUUAUUACUCGGUUUAGAUUCUGAAUAAAUUAAUUCAUUGUUAUCAUAAACCAUUUAUUUCAAAUAAUUUGAAUAAACAUUCUAAAAUAAGCUUUAAAAAUUCACAAAUGAAUUCUUAAAUUAAAUAUCUAAGUUAAUGUGUGAUUUACAUUUAAAUGAAUCUAUUGAUUAUCAAGUAUCUAAAAUACAUCUUAAUAAAUCAGAAGAAUUAUAUUAACAAGGUAUUAAAUCAAGUAAUUAGGAUAUAAACUAUAUUUGGAAGAUAAAAAAUUUGAUGAGGCAUUUAAAAUAUUUGAUUAAGCAUUAAUUUUAAAUCCUAAACAUUAAUUAUCAUUAUGGUGCAAAGGUACAUUAUAUAUGAAUGUAUUAGCGGAUAGUUUAAGGUUCCUUGGUUAAUUUAAUGAAGCAAUCAUUUAAAUAGAUAAAGCAUUGUAAGUAGAUCCAAAACAUUGUCCUUGAUUAUUUACUAAAGGUAUGAUGAUAUUUAAAUGUAUUAGCUGAUUGCUUAAAAUCGCUUGGUAAGUAUAAUGAAGCAAUCAUAUAAACAGAUAAAGCAUUACAAGUAGAUUCAAAGCAUUUUCCUUCAUUAUAUACUAAAGGUACCUAUUAUUUUUUCAGAAGAAGCUGACUCAUUAAAAUUAUUGGAAAAAUUUACAGAAGCUUUGGAAGUGAUUGAGCAAUGCCUAAAACUAAAUCCUAAUCAUUUUGAUUCAUUAGGAGGAAAAGGUCAAUUCUAUUUUUAUAUUGAUAGGGUAUUGUUUACAAAAUCAGAAUCAAUAUGAAAAGGCCAUACUAUGUUAUAACAAAGCGUUAGAGAUUAAUUCUAAUGAUUAAUGGACUAAAAAUAGAAAAAGUAUUGUUAUUCCUAAUAAUCAGAAGAAUGUUAACAAUACCUCGAUCAAAAAAAAUGAAUAACAUAAGAUACACACAAUAAUUACUAAUAUCAUUAUUCAAAUGCUUCUUUUCUUUUAAUUAAUAUUGAUCAGUUGCAAUCUAAUAAUUUGGUGUAAUAAAAAAUUAUUUUUCAAAUGCAUUUUAUAAAUCAUAAAUAUUUGGCUAUUAUUUUUCUGUUUAAGUAAGCAACUGCCAGUGAUAUAUUAAACUGUGCAGAUUGUUAAUAGCUGUAAUAUGAUCUUAGUUUUCUCUAAAUAUUUUUUGUUUAAAUUAUGUCGGUAUAUCAAUUCAAUUGAAAACUGGAUAAAGUCUAUUUUAAAUACUAAUAGUGAAUCUCUUAAAUGA